CGAGCUCAGGAUUAACUCAGCAGUUGUUAUUUAGCUCACUGAGGGACUAGUCAUGAAUCUGCAAGACUACGUUAAAUAUCUCAUCUGCGUGAUAGCGUUGAAUUUUAGUGGAAGUCUUCAUGGAUCCCCAGGGGUUUUGGCGAAAGGGUCGAGAGUCGGCCGAGGUGUCAUCGAUCUUCUCUUCGGAAGAUUCAGAACUUGCGGUGGAUGUCUGUGUGGAAGAUCCAACCGCGGAGGGGCGAGGUUUCUAGGUGGUGAGAAGACAACUGCUCACGAGUUUCCGUGGCUUGUUGAUGUCCACGUCAAGUCGGCAACGCAAUUCAGUGGAGUUCUCAUCAACGAUCGAUACGUGGUAACAGCAGCUAGUGAGCUUAUUGGAUCAACAGUUCCUGAAGUUAAGAUAUCCCUUGGGGGAUACGAUCGCUGUCACCUGGACGUCUCCUCCAUGAACGUGUCCGUCGAGAGCAUCGUCUUGCAUCCCGAAUUCACACCUACUAACCACGCCCAUGAUCUCGCUCUGAUUCAUCUCAGUCGCCCCGUCAAAUUUGAAAAGCGAGUCUUCCCUGUUUGUCUCCCAAAUCCUGGCUCGACUUAUCUGGGACAGGUGGGAACACUUCUGGGAUGGACCAGGACCGAAGAGAACGGGACAUCAUGCCUCCCCAGGAAAGUGGGGCUUCCCAUCCUCAGUGAAAAGGAAUGCCUGAACUCCGGGGUGGAAUCUACCAACUAUCACGAUGACACAGGGUGCAUCGGCGUCGUCGGGGCGAAGUCCAUCUUGUGUGAUAACGAUGUAGGCACGGCUGUCAUGUAUCGCACUUACACAGGAAUUUACAACCUGAUUGGGAUUCUCUCAGACAAAAAUGUCUGCAAUGACGAGUCAAAACUCGCCGGUACCUACACGAAAGUAGGCCCUCACUUGGACUGGAUUUUGCAGAUAACCAAAGAUGCUUGCUACUGCACCAAAUGUAUCGAAAAGUUUGGCAAGCGGUAUCCCCCAGGUUGGAAACCCCGAAAGUAUUCUCCUAAUGGACCAGUGUCCAAUACUUUACGAUAUACUUCUGGAUCACGUGGGGUCUUUAUAAACGAAGAGGGUGCUUCAGUUGUGGGGAAUAAAUACUUAACUACUUCAGGGGUCUCCAGAGACCAAUUUCAGGGGGACUACAAUACAAUUUACCAGAAGAACCUCGCCGAUUUUAUAAAAUAUUUAAUAAACUAUAUGAAAUAUUGGAUCAUCGUCGGUUUCUGCAAAGAAAAACGAAACCGCCCCCAAGUUGAUCCGGACUGUGAAUGCGGAAGAACCGGAGAUGAGAUAGCUACACGAAUAGUCGGUGGAACCGAGGUAAUUCCUCACUCGCUGCCAUGGGUGGUGGCGAUUUUCCAUAAGGGAUCCUUACACUGUGGAGGUGCCUUAAUUAACAAUCGUUAUGUCUUGACUGCCGGCCAUUGUGUUAGAUGGAUUGGGAAUCAUAAAAAUCUGGCGGUAGGUCUGGGCAUGCACAACAUUCACGACCGUAAUACCGGGUACAUAGUGAAAAUUGAGCAACUGAAGCUCCACCGACACUUCGUAAGUGAUUACCUACAUGAUACUCAUGAUAUUGCGUUAAUCAAGUUGAAACAUCCGAUCGAGUACACGAAGGAGGUACAACCAAUUUGUCUGCCAGUAAAAGGUUCUGACUACAAUGGUAAGAACGUGAAAGUGGCAGGUUGGGGUCGCGUAAAAACCGGAGGAGGAGCUUCCUCAGUGUUGCAGGAAGCCACCCUUAAAGUCAUGCCGUACGCCCAAUGCCGGAAUACAUCCCUUGGGGCUCAUUUAAGCAAGUCGAUGACGUGCGCCUACAGCGAGCAAAAGGAUGCUUGUCAGGGUGACAGUGGCGGCCCUCUUCUCUUCCAACGAGAUAACUUGAAAUACGAAACCAUAGGAAUUGUUUCCUGGGGAAUUGGUUGCGCAACUCCUGGGCUGCCUGGGGUCUACGUCAAAGUCACGGAUUAUCUUCAGUGGAUCAAGCGACACACGAAAGAUGCAAGUUACUGCGUUCAAUAGUUAAUUGAAUUCAAAAUUAAUUAAACUUCUUUUACACAGUUGAAUAAAAUUUAAUUGGUGGUGCUGUUUUGAUGAUUCGAUCAUAAUUCAUAUUUUUAAUUUGCCGCUUCAUCAAGAGAAGAAAUAAAUCUUAAAUUUGAUUAGCAA